UACUGGCCCAUGUGUCGCCCCGCAUUGCUCCCUUCCCCGACCCACUCCAAACCGCACCCGCCGCCAGCCGCCUCCCGCCGGACGCCGCUCCCUUCACCGGCAGGCUGCCAACUCUAGCCGCCCUUCCUCCCAGUGGCUGCGCGCCUGCGCCCUGCUGCUUCCGCGCCGGUGCAGGCGACCGCGCUCAGUCGCCAGCGGCCAGCGGCCAGCUGCAGCAGUCUCCUCGGCGGCCGGCGGUGUGCAGGCGUGCACCCUGGCCCUGGGGCCAGGAUACGUGCAGCAUAGAAGGCUAGCAGCUAGGAGCUGAGCAGCUGUACAGAGCCGAAGAUUCUAAUAUCAGGAAUUUGUAAAGGUGGACUAAUGAGAGAAGUUGUCAUGCCAUCCUGCAGAAAAGUUAUGUGCUCUUGACGGCAUCUAAACAUAUUUCAGAUUAGUUGCACCUUUCUGCAAGUCAUCAGAAAGCGGUGCAAAUUUGGUUGGUGAAGUUCGCCGUUUCAGUCAUAUUCUGCAUGCAUCACAGCAUCAGUAGCUGUCUUUCAUGGAUGGCAUUCCAUUUAACCACCCUGCCAUAAAUCAGAGCAUGAAGUGUCUAAGUGGGGUAUGGUCUGAACAAUUCCCUAAAGGAUAAAAGGCAUGGUAGGAUUGACAGGAGUUUGAUUGACAUGUUUGCGCUCCAUGAGCUUCUGCAACUAUGUGCAAAGAGGAGGUCCCUCCUGGUUGGGAAAAGCUGCCAUGGGCUAGCCAUUCAUUUUGGUAUGGUAACAGAUACUGUCACAUGCAAUAUUCUAAUUAACUUGUACACAAAAUGUGGUCGGAAUGAUUGUGCUCGUCAUGUUUUUGAUGCAAUGAUUACCAGAAGCAUAGUCUCAUGGAAUACCAUGAUUGCUGGAUAUACUCAGAGUGGAGAGGAUGUAGAAGCGCUGAAGCUUUUUCAAAGGAUGCAGCGAGAAGGGAGACAGCUGACUAAAUUUACUUUAUCCAGCACAAUCUGUGCAUGUGCUGCAAAAUAUGCUAUCAAUGAAUGCAAGCAAUUACACGCUAUUGCAAUCAAGCUUGCAUUGGACUCAAACAGCUUUGUUGGGACAGCAAUUCUAGAUGUUUAUGCAAAAUGUAAUAUGAUUAAGGAUGCCUGCUGGGUUUUUGAGAAGAUGCCUGAUAAAACUUUAGUUACAUGGAGUUCAUUGUUCGCAGGAUAUGUGCAGAAUGGCCUUCACGAAGAAGCAUUAUGUUUAUUUCGGAAUGCCCAAAGGGAAGGAGUAAAAUUGACUGAAUUCACUCUUUCUGCUAUCAUUAGCGCAUGUGCAAGCUUAGCAUUGAAAAUUGAAGGGACACAACUGCAUGCAGUUAUUGUGAAAUGUGGUUUUCAUGGGAACUUCUUUGUGGCAGCAUCUCUUGUGGAUGUGUAUGCAAGGUGUGGCCAGAUUGAAAAUUCUUAUGCACUAUUUGCUUAUAUGGAACAGAAGAAUGUUGUCAUAUGGAAUGCAAUGAUUGCUGGUUUUUCGAGGCAUGCCCGUUCUUGGGAAUCUAUGAUACUCUUUGAGAAAAUGCACCAGUUAGGUAUUUUUCCGAACGAAGUUACCUAUCUCUCCAUGUUGUCAGUGUGCAGUCAUGCAGGUUUAGUUGAAGAGGGUCGUCACUACUUUAACCUACUAAUGUCUGAUCGGACUGUUGAACCUAAUGUCCUUCACUAUUCUUGCAUGGUUGAUGUUCUGGGUCGAUCUGGGAAGACUGAUGAGGCCUGGGAAUUGCUUCACAAAAUGCCAUUUGAACCAACUGCUUCUAUGUGGGGAUCUUUGCUAGGGUCAUGCAGGAAUUACAACAAUAGUGGCUUAGCCAGAAUAGCUGCGGAACAGCUUUUCCAACUUGAGCCUGACAAUGGAGGGAACCAUGUUUUGCUCUCAAAUGUAUAUGCUGCCAGCGGGAACUGGGAGAAUGUUCUGAUGGCAAGGAAAUAUUUGAAGGAUAGUGGUGCGAAGAAAGAAAUGGGCAGGAGUUGGAUUGAAGCAAAGGGCAAAAUUCAUGUCUUCGUUGUUGGAGAGAGAAAGCACCCAGCAAUCACUGAUAUCUACAAUAAGUUGGAGGAAAUUUAUCAUGAUGUGAGAAAAUUUGCUCACAUGACCAAAAUAGAAUGUGAUCUGCAUGAUGUUCAUGACGACCAAAAAGAGGAGCUGCUUAAACACCAUAGUGAGAAGUUAGCUCUUGCUUUUGGGUUAAUCAGCUUGCCUCCUAAUAUACCAAUUAUAAUACACAAGAACCUUAGGAUAUGUGGGGACUGUCAUUCAUUCAUGAAGGUUGUAGCCCAUACUACUAAGCGUCUAUUCAUUGUCAGAGAUGCCAAUAGAUUUCACCAUUUUAAGGAUGGCUCAUGUUCUUGUGGGGACUUUUGGUGACGUAGGGCUGAAUUGGAGAAUGGUAGUCAUCUACCAGUGGUAUUCUAUUCAUGUAGCAAAUUAUUGCUUGUCAGUAGUGGCACUGCAACACUAAAGAUCUAUGUCAGGACCAUCUUGAUAGCUUUGCCAUUCAAGUCAAUAAUGUCAUGCUGCUGGCUCCAUUGAAUGUAAUAUCAACACUACCAUCUGAUAUGUGCAUAAGAAUUGGAAGCAGAUGCAAGUCCUUGGUUAACCGAAUAGACUGCGUCACCAACAAAGCCGUAUAUUCUAGGUGACGAGCCACAUAUUUUUCUGUGGUCCACCAAAGAUAUACAUAGGAAGUGGAUGCAAGAUUUGUUCUUACAGAAAUAGACAUGGGAAGUGGAUUUCUUCUCACCUCAACACUUGCUGAAUUCAGUGCGUGAAGAAGUCUGCUAUGCCACUUACUUCGUACUGCCAGUGUAAUUAUUGAGAACUGUACCAGCUGAUGCACAUUGUGGUUCCAGCUCCUUAUGCUCGAAUCUUGUCAUUCUUUCCACUCCAACAGUGAUGAACCCUGGAAAGUGUUCUGGAACAGUCCAUCCCCUAUACUUUAUUUAAAAUAUCUUGCAUUUGAACAUAAAUUGUACUAGCAAUUCAUGGGUAAAACCUACCCUUGCAGGCUUUAAAGGCAAUCAGUCAUAUUUCUUUCAAUUCGCCAUAGCAAAUGUUCUAUUAUAGCUUUAAUAUU